UCAAUGGAUGAAGUAUUUAAAUUUUCGCUCGCUUCAAUGCGGAGCACAUUUUCAAUCAAAACAUUCCUAAUUCCUCUGCAUCCUGCUUAAUCUCCUUCGAAAUGAUCUGUCAAUAUUGAAUUAAUAUAGUGGAGUGGAAUUAUCGGCACAGUGCGGUUAUUGCGGUAGCGGCUCCGAUGCGAUGCGCGCGCGCGAUCAAUCGUGUGUGUGUGCGUGUGUGUAUACAUAACAAACUAGACAAAAUAAACAUCGUAGCAGACGUAUUAUAAUCUGCGCACACGAGUUAACACGGCAGUAGACACGAUCCGACCGACGUCGUCACUGGCACACACCGCGACGAUUCGAGUUUUUCAACACUCUUAAACGACACAAUAAGUGAUAAGAAAAAUUAAAAAAGCAUCAUGAACAACUUGCUCAAAAUCAACGCCGCUUUGGUUAGACCAGCGCUUACGGCCGCGAGAAAUAUUUCGACAACUGGUGUAAUAAGAAGUAAAGAUACCAAUGUCGGCGAGUCCGAGGACAAUGUGCCGCCCUUCAUCGAGAAGGGAGAGAGCACCGAGGUCAAACGAGCCAGAUUACUGUACCAGUCGAGGAAGCGCGGCAUGCUGGAGAACGGCCUGGUGCUCAGCACCUUCGCCCAUAAGUACCUGAACGGCUUCAACGAGAAACACCUGAGGCAGUACGAUCAGCUGAUCAACAUACCCUCCAACGACUGGGACAUUUAUUACUGGGCCACCGGGGUGAAACCCGUGCCGCCCCAGUACAAUAACGAAGUCAUGUCGCUGCUGCAGGAAUUCUUGAAGAACGAGCAGCGCGAGGCUCGCAUCCGUCAGCCGGACCUUAACUGAUCACCGAUAAAUGAAAAUUGAUGAAUCUUAUUUUAUAUUUAUAUUACUGUAUAUAACUUUCGUUGUAAAUAGUGUGAAUAAUUAUCAUCGUGUUACAGAAUCAUUGCUUUAUUGUACGCAAAAAUAAAAAUUGUCACGAUAA